AUGGCCGCGACUACCGUGAUAGAUGAUGUUGAACUGCGGGAGGCGCAGAGAGAUUACCUGGAUUUCCUAGAUGAUGAGGAAGACCAGGGAAUUUAUCAGAGCAAAGUUCGAGAGCUGAUUAGCGAUAACCAACAUCGGCUGAUUGUCAACGUGAAUGAUCUCCGUCGGAAGAAUGAGAAAAGAGCCAUCAAGCUCCUUAAUAAUGCCUUUGAGGAACUCCUGGCCUUCCAGCGUGCCCUAAAGGACUUUGUAGCCUCCAUUGAUGCCACCUAUGCGAAGCAGUAUGAGGAAUUCUACAUUGGUCUGGAGGGCAGCUUUGGUUCCAAGCAUGUUUCUCCUCGCACCCUCACCUCUUGCUUCCUCAGUUGCAUCGUCUGUGUGGAGGGCAUCGUCACCAAAUGUUCCCUGAUUCGACCCAAGGUUGUCCGUAGUGUCCACUACUGUCCUGCCACCAAGAAGACCCUGGAGAGGAACUACACAGAUCUCACCACCCUGGUGGCCUUUCCUUCCAGCUCUGUCUACCCCACCAAGGAUGAAGAGAAUAAUCCUUUAGAGACAGAGUAUGGUCUCUCAGUGUAUAAAGACCACCAGACCAUCACCAUCCAGGAAAUGCCUGAGAAGGCCCCAGCUGGCCAGCUGCCCCGUUCUGUGGAUGUCAUCCUGGAUGAUGACCUUGUAGACAAAGUGAAGCCUGGUGACCGGAUCCAGGUAGUGGGGACUUACCGUUGUCUUCCAGGAAAGAAAGGAGGAUACACCUCGGGCACAUUCAGGACUAUCCUGAUUGCCUGCAAUGUGAAGCUGAUGAGCAAGGAGGUUCAGCCUAUGUUUUCUGCUGAAGAUGUAGCCAAGAUUAAGAAGUUCAGCAAGACUCGCUCCAAGGAUAUAUUUGAUCAGUUAUCUAGGUCAUUGGCUCCCAGUAUCCAUGGACAUGACUACAUCAAGAAAGCCAUCCUGUGCAUGCUCCUUGGAGGAGUGGAGAAGGUCCUAGAGAAUGGAAGUCGCAUCCGUGGAGACAUCAACGUUCUCCUGAUAGGAGACCCAUCAGUUGCCAAAUCUCAGCUCCUCCGUUACGUGCUCUGCACGGCUCCCCGGGCGAUCCCCACCACUGGCCGAGGUUCCUCUGGGGUGGGUCUGACCGCUGCCGUCACCACUGACCAAGAGACAGGGGAACGCCGCCUGGAAGCGGGGGCCAUGGUGCUGGCUGACCGAGGGGUCGUCUGCAUUGACGAGUUUGACAAGAUGUCCGACAUUGACCGUACAGCCAUCCACGAGGUGAUGGAGCAGGGCAGGGUCACGAUCUCCAAGGCCGGCAUCCACGCCCGUCUCAAUGCCCGAUGCAGCGUGCUGGCGGCCGCCAACCCCGUCUAUGGCAGGUACGAUCAGUACAAGACCCCCAUGGAGAACAUCGGCCUGCAGGAUUCUUUACUGUCGCGAUUUGACUUGCUUUUCAUCAUGCUGGAUCAGAUGGAUCCUGAGCAGGACCGAGAGAUCUCAGAUCACGUCCUGAGGAUGCAUCGAUACCGGGCAGCUGGGGAGCAGGAUGGGGACGCCAUGCCCUUGGGCAGUGCCGUGGAUAUCCUUGCAACAGAUGAUCCCAACUUUGUCCUGGAGGACCAGCAGGAGACACCAAUUUAUGAGAAGCACGACAACCUCCUGCAUGGGACCAAGAAGAGAAAGGAGAAGACGGUGAGCGCGGCAUUCAUGAAGAAGUACAUUCACGUGGCCAAAAUCAUCAAGCCUGUCCUGACUCCGGAGGCAGCCAGCCACAUUGCUGAUGAGUAUUCACGCCUGCGCAGCCAAGACAGCAUGAGCUCUGACGUGGCCAGGACAUCCCCAGUCACAGCCCGGACUCUGGAGACCCUCAUCCGUUUGGCCACUGCCCACGCCAAGGCCCGGAUGAGCAAGACUAUUGAGCUGCAGGAUGCAGAAGAUGCUGUGGAACUGGUCCAGUAUGCUUACUUCAAGAAGGUCUUGGAGAAGGAGAAGAAGCGAAAGAAGAGAAAUGAGGACGAGUCUGAGACGGAGGAUGAAGAGGACCAGACACAGGACGGCCAGGAGCAGAGGAAGAAGAGGAAGAAGUAACGCAGGCCGGAAGCGAAAGAAGGAGAAUCCUACGACCCGUACGACUUCAGUGACGCAGAAGAGGAAAUGCCCCAGGUGCAUACCCCAAAGAUGCCUGAACCACAGGAACCCAAAGAAGGCCAGAGGACGGAGCUGAGCGAAUCCAGGUUGAAGGCUUUCAAGGUUGCCCUCCUGGAAGUAUUUCGGACCUCCCACGCUCAGUCCGUGGGUUUGAACCGUCUCACAGAAUCCAUCAACCAGGACAACGAAUCUCCCUUUUCCCCAGCCGAGGUCCGGGCCGCGCUGAACAAGAUGCAAGACGACAACCAGGUCAUGGUCUCCGACGACAUCGUUUUUCUCAUCUGAUUCUGCCAUCGCCCCGACAAGGGGGCUUUUCUAAGACUGGUCUUGUUCUGGCGGUUUCCCCGUCCCCUCCCCCACCCCUGGCUGUGUGUGUGUCUUUCUCCAUCCAUCCCCUUCCUCCAGCCUUCCUCGGCUCAGGCCCCUGCCCGAGAGGCUCGAUGAGGCCCGAGAAGUCGGUCCCUCCUCGUGCCCCUGCUGCUCCUGGAUCCCCGGGGCCUUCCUUCUGGGGGCGCCCCCCUCCUCCCCCCAUCCCCCUCCAUGCCAGACUUUCACAGACGUCCUGCUUCGGUCGUGGGCGGCUGCUCUUUCCAGCCCACUCUGAAUUCAAUGCACUGAGCGCCCCUGCUCGCCCCUGGCUUUCCUUUGCGUGGAAGCGCCAGAGCGUUUCCUCGCUUCCUUGGCACACGCUCACCUCCAGAAUAAUCCCGUGGUUCCAGAGCAAAAU